UAUUACGGUAACCAUAAAAAUUAAAUGACAUAUCUAAAUUAAAUGUUACAAAUUUAACCAGUUAUAUACCGAAAAAGAUAUUUUAUAUUAACAAUUUUGUGAAAUAAAACUACAGGCACCUAAUAUAUUAUACAAAUUAACACUACACAACCUUUUAUCGUCACUCUACCAUAACACCUUUUAAAAUCCUUCAAAAUUGGACCUUAUUCAAAUACGAGUAAAGUCUAAAUCAAAACGUAUCUAAUAAAAGACGCAAGUUUUGAAGAGUCUCGCAAGGCGCCAACUUUCGCUUCAGCUUUCCAAAACAUUCGAACACUGGCCUACUAAACGUCAUAAAUACAUUAGCAUUUGAUCCAAAUUCAACCUUAACCUUAUAAUAUUAAAGUGCAAUUUUCAUUGGACUAAAUUCUCACUUAAUCUCUUAUUUUUUUAAAUUGGCAUUUGAAUUUCGAAGUUAAACUUUUUGGAACGGGAGUAAAGUUGAUAAUCGGUUGGUAUUUUAGUAAUGACAUUUGUUAAGGUUAUUUUCGGUUUGAAUUGCGUAAAAUUGACAGCUAAUUGGUAUUUGAUAGGGCCAAAGAAAUUGACAGGAAGGAGGGCAAUUUCACAAAGGUUCUAUGGAAUUAGUGAAAACGGAAGCGGGUGUUAUUGUCUUUUUAGACAAUUAUAGGGUGGAGAAAAGUACCAUAUGUUUUUCGAUUGAUUAAAUACUUAGAAGAUUUUAGGUGCAACUUUAAUACUUUAUGAUUUAAUGAAUUAAAUAUACGUGGAAUAAGUAAAGUUUCAACUUUUAAGCGAGAUACAUUUUGGCAUAGCUACCUUCCAUACAACUUAUUAUUUAUUAAGUGAGGAAACUGAUGUAUGGAGUGAACACUCUAAGUUUACUUAUUUCUCUAUGGUGUAGGUAAAUAAGGCAGGAAAGAAAGAAAGAUGGCAUAGUAUAACAAUAAUUCAAUAUGCUUUUAAAAAACAUUUUAAUUUAUAUGGUCUAGGCAUCAGUUUAUACCCUGUCAAGCCAUUUCCUUCAGUAGAUAAAAGCGGCAAAUUUAAAAAAUGUAAGCGCGAAGGGUUCGUCCAAUAGAAAAUUUGAAUUUCGCGCCUUUUUCUCCUGACAAUGUUUUUUGACAGGCUUUGUAGCUCAUAUGCCUGUCCAAUUGAAUUAAAAAAAAACUUUUCUUCAAUCAAGAAUUACUGCAAAUAGGUAGCACUAUUAUUAAACAAGUAUAGUGUAUACCAACAUAAAAUUUACAAUAAAAUUAUUGAUAUAUAUAAUGCAAUAAAAUGUUAAUACCGAUUGAGCUACUGAAACAAAACUAAUAGGUAAUUAAAUAUUGCCACACUUAUGCUAAUCAUAUCACGCACACUAAAACAACAUUAUUAAGGAUAUAAAAGAAAGGGAUUUACCAACAUCGUUAAUUUUACAGGUAAUGUUAUAAGCCAUUAAAUAAUUAUACUAUAUCAGUAUGGCAACCUAACAGGAAAAUAAGGCAAGAAAGUGAAAAGGAACUCAGUCGCCGCGCGGCUGUUACUUCCGAUUUCCCGAGCCUCGCGAGCGGACGCAUCGCUUUAAAAAAAUAAAAAGGUCUUUUAUAGUCCGCAGUCCGGACGCCACGACCGCGCGAAAACCAACAAACUCGCCCUCAUAAAAAACCUAAAAUGGAACGUUGAACAGUGAUGUGUUGUGAAAACCGAACCAAUGGAUACGAAAUUAAAAAUAAAAAUUUCAAAAUUAGAAGAAGAAACAGUGCAAUGGGUUUCAAGGUAUUUUUGUUGUUCGCGAUCUUGGGUGUUGUGUGUGCUGAAAUAGAGAAUGAUGUGUUGACGCUGCAAGAUGAUUUGGACCUUAAGGACGAGGAAAUAAAGUCGGAAAGGAGACGGCCGGCGAAUGAGCAGGAGAAGGAUAUUUUAUUGUUGGAUGCUUUGGGAAGGAGAAAAGGCUCAUACCAUAGUUCGUAUGGCGCGUCGCAAGAGGACGACUCCAUAAUGGAUUUGUUGGGGAAAAUGAUCCCCCAAACAUGCCGCUACCGAGGCUCCAGGUACCCCUGCGGGCUCAGCAUAUCCUGCGUGCUGGGGGGAGGGAAACCUAUGGACCUAUGCUCUGGGGGCAUGAUAUGGGCCUGCUGCGUGGAUAGAGAGACGACUGAACGGCCUGCAGAGGUGGCUCCUACGAUUCAUAAUGCCAGUUGCGGCGAACACUUCACACGCUCCAACCGGAUCGUCGGCGGGCACUCGACGGGUUUCGGGUCGCACCCGUGGCAAGCGGCGCUUAUCAAGUCGGGUUUCUUGAGCAAGAAGCUGGCGUGUGGAGGCGCACUUAUUUCCGACCGAUGGGUCAUCACUGCGGCGCAUUGUGUUGCUACCACCCCGAACUCUCAGCUCCGCGUCCGUCUCGGCGAGUGGGACGUCCGGGAUUCCGGAGAGCGCUACUCACACGAAGAAUUCGCCGUGCAGAGGAAAGAGGUGCACCCGUCUUACGAACCAGCGGACUUCAGGAACGACGUGGCUCUAGUGCAGCUCGACAGGGGCGUCGUGUUCAAGCAGCAUAUUUUACCAGUGUGCCUACCUCAGAAACAAAUCAAGUUAGCCGGAAAGAUGGCGACUGUUGCAGGCUGGGGGCGAACGAGGCAUGGACAGAGCACCGUGCCUUCAGUUUUACAGGAAGUGGACGUAGAAGUGAUCCCCAACGAGCGCUGCCAGCGCUGGUUCCGCGCCGCCGGCCGUCGAGAGACCAUCCAUGAUGUGUUCCUGUGCGCUGGAUAUAAAGAGGGCGGGCGUGACUCCUGCCAAGGCGACUCCGGCGGGCCGCUCACCAUGAAGCUGGACGGGCGCAGCACGCUCGUCGGGCUCGUGUCGUGGGGCAUCGGCUGCGGCCGCGAGCACCUGCCCGGCGUCUACACCAACAUACAGAAGUUCGUGCCCUGGAUCGACAAGCUGAUUACACCUUAGGAGGUGUACAAACCCGAGAAAAAAAUAACACACCUUAAAAGGUGGCAAAAUCCGAGAAGAAAAAUAUAUUAGAACUUGGAUUGAUAACCGGUUAUACAUACCUAAAGAUGUAAAAACCCGUUAAAAAAAUAU